UUUCCCGCAACGCAAACAAUUCAUUCAGUUGUUAUUGACACUUUAACAGUAACUUUUAUUCCUCGAUUCAUUUGACAGAAUGUACUUUGCUACAAGCAUAAUAAUCGGGCUCGCAUUCGGGUCAGCAAUUUUUGCUGCAAUCGUUUUGAUAUUGCGACGAAAAUCAAAUUGCAUCUUCGGAAUAUAUCCCGAAAAGGGCAUUUUUUAUCGACUUAAGUACCCUCUGGCUAUGCAGUUUGUUAAAUACUGGAGGCGAAAAAUCUUCACUGAACAUGAGAACGAAUUGAAUUCUGCAGAAUACCUACAAUCUUUGGAGAAACCCCAAAUUUUAGCUAGCAAUCCAAAGUCUUACGAUGUUGUUUCAUUUUUUGGCGCGAACGAAAAGGGUUACAAGUUUAUGAUCACCAUAGAACGUCGUCGUAGAGGUGUCACACGGGCUGCAUUUUAUCUUUGGAUACCAAAUCGUGGUUUGUUUUCGUCACCGAAUCUACCGGAAAUGGUGCACUUUACAACUGAUGGCAAUAGUGAAAGUGAAGAAUUUGUAGCUAAAGGCUUUAGAAUCUAUCCAAUGGAAUGUAUGCGUCGUUGGAGGGUUACUUAUAUUGGUGAAGUAAAGCAGGGUACAAAUCGAUAUGCUUUUGAAUUUGACGGUGAGUUUUCUUCGGAACUGGAUCAUUUUGAUUACAACAGACAUCUUAGCUCUUCUGUUAUUGCGGAUUCUGUUGCCCGAGAAGCUUGGGACGAUAGUUUCUUCCAUAUGGCUUGGAAUGUUGAUAACAUUUUAAAGACUAGAAUUCACUACGAACAAUCUGGAAAAAUAAAUGGAACCUUUCAGCUUGGUGAAGAGUCUAAAAUUCAACUUUGUCUAAGUGCUUUUCGUGAUCAUAGUUUCGGAACGGAUCGUUGCCUUUCGUCGAUUUAUAGAUAUGUCUAUUUUGCACUUUUCCUGGACGAUGGCACAAAUUUGGUUGUGGGAAUUUUGUGUCAACCAUCUUUUUUCUUAUCUUCCUUGAAGGUCGGAUAUAUUUGCUUGCCCGAAGGCGGUGGCUACGAACCAAUUACGAGUUGUAAUUUCGAACUUUAUUCUUAUGGGGAGAGAGGAGUCCCACCGAACCAUCAAAAUUUUAUAGUUGAGACUAAGGAUCGCAGGCAUUUUGUCCAGAUUAAAUCAUGUGAUAGUUCUAUUCGUUAUGUUGGAGGAAAUUGGGAGUCCAAAGUCUACAACCAAUUUGUUUCGUGCACAGUGAAUGGCAUCGAUGGACAUGGAAUCGCAGAAUAUUUGUAUCGUAAUAAAACUGGCCGUUGUAAGACUGCCACAGAAAAUGAUCCCGAUUGGUACAAAGAAAUAAAGUCCAAUGAUAGAAGAUCAAGCAACGGAGAGCUACUUGAUGACUGGGUUGGUGUGGUUUGGUAGAACUUCUAUUAAGUUAGAUAACUAACAUUUUGAAUUGUGAUUUUUUUAGUUCAAACUCAAUUAAUUUGUUUUAGUAUGUAUAAGUGUUUAAGCAUAAGUUGCAAUCAAAAGACUUGAUAAGUACUAAGUUAAAUAUAAGUUUAAUAAAAUUUUAUAAUCAAUUAGAUAUAUUA